AUGGUGGCAACUGCAAGCGAUCCAAACUGUGUGGAGCCAGCAUGCGCCGACAAGAUGGAGUUUUUCAAGACGUCAAUAGGCAAAAAGACUAGAAAAACAUCUACACAAGAAUCUACACAUGUCAACGAUUGCCCAUUAGAUCGACAGGAACUGGGGAAUGCCACUUGGGGACUGCUGCAUUCGAUUGGAAUUUACUAUCCAAACAAUCCAUCAGUAGAGUACCAAGCUAAGGCAAAGACCUUUAUCGAGGCAUUGGCACUGAUGUAUCCGUGCGUAGAUUGUGCCCAAGAUUUUCAAAACGAGGUUGCCAAGUCUCCACCACGCGUGGAGUCGCGCACAACUUUCUCAAUGUGGCUGUGCGAGCAGCACAACAUUGUAAAUCGUAAGCUUCACAAACCUGUGUUUAAAUGCACAAUGACGAAUCUAGAAGAGCGAUGGCGAAAAGGCAAACCAUCGUGCUGGGGCAAAGACGGUGACGAAGAUUCUGCUCAGGACUCUCUGGGUAAAGAGUAA